AGUAUGCAACGAGUAAUAGAAGUGAUCGAUCGGUGUGCGAUCUCGUUAAAAUAGAUUUUUUUUCAAAGAAAUAUUUUUCUUUCACGCAAAAUAUAUUGUGAGAAAGAGUGUGAAGAGAGAAAGAAAGAGUGCAUUCAUGUGUAAAAAUUGAAUAAAAUCAAGUUUUUAUUUUCCUCACGAGGAGAACAGCAAAAAAACGAAACAAAAAACAUACGAAGUGUUCUCCUUAAAUUUUAUUUUUGAGAGCAAUUAUUUUUUUCGUGGUAUGCCAUACUCUUGGGUGUAGUACGACGGGUAUUGUUUGUGACCCAAGUAUUUUUGCGAAGUUAUCCAACAACAACAACAACGAACUGCAAAAAAAAUCCAAACACUGUUUAUCCUCGUGCUCCUCCCCCCUCCCUCUCAAAAAAAAACGAACAGAUUGAUGUUUGUUUGCCGACCACAUUGUCAUCUUAGGGCAGCAGCAACAUAUCAACCAACCAACAACAGCGACGGCAGCAGCCAACACACAUCCCAAGUUGUGUGAGAGAGAGAGAGAGCGAGCGCAAGUAUUUGUGUUGAGAGUGUUGUUUACAUGUGAGUGCCAGUGCAUGCCUGUGUGUUAGAGCAACUUACUCUCAUCGUGUUUGGUUUAUUUAUUCAACGACCGAUACCGUGUGUGGACAUUAUUUUACGAAACGCGCAACAUAUAACAACACACACUCCUCCCAAUAACAAAAAAUUAAAUAAAAAUAUAAACGGGCGACGACGACAACAACGCGUUUAACCGCAAAAAAAGUAUCUCAAAGAUAGCAGCGCCGGGCCAUAUUCUGUUCCGUUCUGUAACGAAUAUGAAAUUUUUUAAGGAAAAACUUUUGGGAAAAUUAAAUAAUUUUCGGUUUUCAAGUCAAUGAAAAAUAGAAAAUAAAUAAAUUAAGUAAAAAAAAUAUGUAUGUGCAGCAAAUAGCGCCGCGCCAAACACAAUAACGACGUCAACGAAGACCAAUCAAGAAAAGCACAAGAGAAAUAGCCCACAAUAACACCAACAACAACAAAAAAAUCUAGUUUAUUUAAAGAAGAAAAAAAAAUAAUCCAACAACAGCAAAUCAAAAAAAAAAAGUAUUCUGCAAAAAAGUAUAUAUAACGCAAAGCACAAAAACAACAACAGCAACAACACCCCACAACGGUGCUGAAGAACGUGUAAGAAUUAAAAAAAAAAAACAAAAAUAAAAAUAAAGAUCUUAUGCCGACAUCGUUGCCGAACAACAACAGCAACAACAAAAAUAUUCAGUGAAAAUCAGCAGAAAAUAAUAAUAAAUCCAUAACAACAACAAAUAAAAAUAACAAAAUAAUUUUUGUGGAAGCAAAAAAAAGUAGAGUGUGACGAAAAGCAAAAAAAAAUAAAUCCACUUAUUUUCUCUGUGUAAAUAUUACAACAAAAGCAAUAACAACAAGAAAUUUGCAAACAAAAAAAAAAAUUGAGAAAAAAUAAUAACAAAACAAAAGAAAUAUAUAAUUUCUUCAAGUGUUAUCUAAUCUUUAGCAAAAACAACAACACCAACGAUCGUUUUGUCUGUUUUUUUUUCUCCAGUUCAAUCAACAGAGAAAAGAAACAAAUUUAUUUUAUUUUUAAAGAAUAUCCAAAAAAAAGUGAAUUACAAAAUCGAAAUGGCAAAAUCCUCAAAUUUCCAUAACAAAACAUCAUCAUCAUCACACACCUUGACAUCCGUCAUGUUCCAGCUGUUCAUCUUCGGUUUGGUCUGCCUUAGCCAAACCUCGGUAAUGGUCAAUGGCCGCCGACACUCGCCAUUGAUUGUCGAUGAAAAUGAUGGAAAUCGUCGGAACAAUAGACCAGCGGUAUCCGAAUGUCAAUUUGGCAAGACCCUACGUGAAUUGGGUUCAACAUGGUAUGCCGAUUUGGGACCACCAUUUGGUGUUAUGUACUGCAUUAAAUGUGAAUGUGUUGCGGUUCCCAAAAAACGCCGCAUUGUGGCUCGUGUCCAAUGUCGCAACAUAAAAAAUGAAUGCCCACCGGCUUUGUGCGAUGAUCCCAUUUUGCUGCCCGGUAAAUGUUGCAAAACAUGUCCCGGUGAUAAAAAUGACACCAUGGCCUUAGAUGUACCGGCACCAAUGGAAGAAGAGGAGCGCAAUAUGAAACAUUUCGCUGCUCUCCUAACGAGUCGUACCUCGCACUUCCUGAAGGGUGAAGAAAUGAAGUCCAUGUACAGCACCCAUAAUCCCCAUAACAUUGUGGCCACCGGACGUUUUAUGUUCCACAAAAAGAAUUUGUAUUACUCCUUCUAUACCUCGUCGAAGGUGAAUCGCCCAAGGGCCAUACAAUUUGUAGAUGAUGCCGGCACCAUUUUGGAGGAACAUCAGCUGCAAUUGCCCGCCGGACCCCAAUCGAUUUAUCAAAAUGUCACAGGCAAAAUUUGUGGUGUUUGGCGUAGGGUUCCACGUGACUACAAACGUCUGCUGCGCGAUGAGCGUCUCCAUGUUGUCCUACUCUGGGGUGGUAAUAAAUUCCAAACUGAAUUGGCCUUGGCUGGUAAAAUUGGCAAAUACACCGCUUUGCAAUCGGAAUUGUUUAGUGCCCUCAUGGAACCAGCACCGGGCUCUAAAUCUGAUAUCCUUUCCGGUUCCGGAGGUACUGCCAUUGUUUCGACCAGCAGUGGGGCUGCUUCGUCCAUGCACUUGACCUUGGUGUUCAAUGGCGUUUUUGCUCCCGAUGAUUAUCUGGAUGCUCCCGUCAACAUUCGCAUUGAAUCGCCCGAUCGUCGUGAGGUGGUCUUAGAUGAAAUCCAAAAAGUACGCAAACCCUCAUCCGAGGUCAAUGUCCUGGAAAUCUCCUCCCCCAUUUCCAUACAAAAUCUACGCCUUAUGUCACGUGGCAAACUUUUGCUUACCGUGGAAUCGAAAAAGAAUCCCAAUUUGAGGAUCCAGGGCCACAUUGUCACCCGCACCACCUGUGAGAUUUUCCAAACUCUACUGGCUCCCCAUAACUCUGAGAUCAAAACCAACAGCAGUGGCUUGGCUUGGGUGUUCCUCAACACCGAUGGCUCCCUGGCCUAUAACAUUGAAACGGAUCAGGUCAAUGCCAGAGAUCAUCCUGAAAUCAGUCUCAUUGAGGAUGUGGGUAAACGCAAGGCUGUGCUACAGGAUUUGACACCCAGCUUCAAUUUCAAUCAGGCCAUUGGCACGGUGGACAAGCUGGGACCCAAGGUAGUGGAAUCUCUCUAUGCUGGAGAUUUGGGUGUCAACAUUGCUGUGGAACAUGAAACCAGUUUGAUUAGAGGUCGUUUGGUACCCAGGCCCGUGGCUGAUGCCCGUGACUCAGCUGAACCCAUUUUGCUGAAACGCUCCGAACACUCUGUCUCGGCACCUCAUCAUGCCAUGGGCAUGGCUUGGCUAUCCAUUGACAAUGAAUGUAACCUCCAUUAUGAACUGACCCUGAGCGGUUUCCAAUCCCAUCCCCAGGAUUUGCAAAUCUAUUUGGAAGAGAAACCCAUUGAAGCCAUUGGUGCCCCAGUGACCCGCAAACUUUUGGAGGAAUUCUCCGGCUCCUACAUGGAAGGCUUUUUCCUUAGCAUGCCCUCCAAUGAGCUGGUGAAAUUGGAGUCCAGUGUUUGCUAUUUGGAGGUUCAUUCCAAGGAGAAAAAUGAAUUGCUGCUGCGCGGCAAAUUGAAGUCGACCAAGGUGCCGGCCCACUGCUUCCCCAUCUACACGGACAACAAUGUGCCCAAUGUUUUCCUGCCCGGCGAUCGCAAUGAUGAUCUGCUAAUGACAGCCGAUACAAAAUGUUACCAUUCGGGACGUUUCUAUGAUGAAACGGAACAAUGGCGCAGCACGGAGGACACUUGCCAGAUGUGUGCCUGCCAGCGAGGUCAUGCUACCUGUGAGCCCAUCAAGUGUCCCGUGGUGCACUGUAAGGUGAACGAAGAAUUGGUACAGGCCGAGGGUGAGUGCUGUGCCAUGUGUGUGCCACAGAAUGUGAACAACAACAAGGAAAUCCUAGGCGGCGGCGAUGAACAACAACAGAAACGCGGAUGCCGUUUGGGUGAUCAGUUCCAUGUGGCCGGUGCCAUUUGGCAUCCAUUUUUGCCACCUAAUGGCUUUGAUACCUGUACCACCUGUACCUGUGAUGCCCUGACCUUGGAGAUAAGAUGUCCUCGUACGGUGUGCCCUCCCUUGAAGUGUAAGGAAAAGGAAGCCUAUCGCCCGGACAAAAAGGCCUGCUGUAAGGUGUGUCCCCAGGGAAAAAUUAGCUCGGGAGCUGGUGACAAAAUGGGACCCUCAAACCCCAAUGUCCUGCAAGAUCAGGCCCCCUUGAAGGCAAAUGUGCGCAGCAGUGAAGAGAUUCUUUCCCAGGGUGGCUGUAAGGUGGUCAACAAGGUCUAUGAAAAUGGCCAGGAAUGGCAUCCGGUUUUGGCCUCCCAUGGGGAGCAGAAAUGCAUUAAAUGCCGAUGCAAGGAUUCCAAAGUAAAUUGCGAUCGCAAGCGCUGCUCCCGUUCCACCUGCCAGCAAACUAGGGUCUCGGCCAAACGCAAGCCUUUCGAAAAGCCUGGCUCUGAGCCAGCCCCCCUCGAUGAGUGCUGCUCAGCCCAGUGCAAAAGGCCACGAAGACAUCACAGAAGAACCGAACAACAGCAGCAGCAACAGCAGGGCCGACGCCAAGGUGUUGUUGGCAGCAGCUGAAUUGCCAAACUCUCCCGCUCCCCCGCAUAAAUUUCAAAUGAAAGAAAAAAGCUCUUUUUUUGGAAACACAUUUAGAGAGAGGCUGAGAGUAAACAAACGACGAGAGGAUGUAAUAACUAGCAAUAGCAACAACAAAACAAAAGCAAAACAAAACAAAACCAACAAAAUUCUAGAAAUGCAGAGACAAUAUCCACAGAAAAAGAGAACACCCGAAAGAGAAAAAGAGAGACAGAGACAGAGAGUGAGUGAGUGCUGUGAACUCACUGAAAGCAAACCUGCGGUUCUCUUCUGGGCUCUUUUCGUUUCGUCCAACAACCCAGCAAACUACACUGAGAGAAAUGUCAAUAUUUUUCGCCUAGUACCCACACUGAGAGAAAAAAAGCAUUAGAUUUUUUUUGUUGUUUAGAAAAAAAGGGAACAAAGCUUAACUGUAUUAUAAAAAAAGAAGAGAGGAAGAGAGAAAUAAGAGAAAAAUACAAGUUUAAACGAGAAUACACUUAAAGAAAAAAAUUACCAGUGCAGUAGACGAUAAACUUAUAAAAAUUGUAAAAAACGACGAAAAAAAUAUUAUUUUUUUCGCUCCCAAUAAAAUUGUAUUUUAUUACUCCUUAAUGAGAACGGGAGAGGGAGACAGAAGAUGUAGGAAAAAAUAAUAUUUUUUUCGGAGUGAAAAAAAAAAUCUAUGAUGCAAAACAAACAAAAAAAAAUAAUUUAUAGAAACACAUCCCAAAAGUUUCGACUGAUUGACUGAAUGGCAACUUUAGUUUGUAAGGCUUAAGAGUUAUACAUACUACAUACAUAAUUAAAGCAUACAUGCAUACAUACAUACCUACAUAUUAUUAUUUAAUGAACAAAAACAAAAAUAAUAUUUUACUUAAUGCCCUGUGUGGCCCCGAUGCGCCCGAACUUCCCCCUGCCCCCACUCCCCACUGAGAAAAAAAUUACCAGAACUUCAAUAAUCGACCAAGAAAGAAUACAUACAUAUAUAUUAUUUUGUGUUUUUUUACUAAUCCACACACCCAUCUCACAUGCAUACAUAUUCACCACACACACAUACACACAUAAUUCCUUUAUAUAUCACAUGAAAAAUCAUAUCAACAUUUUCUAUAUAUACAUAGUUUAUACAUGCAUACAUAUUUAUAUAUAUAUUAAAAAAAACAUAAUUAUUAUUAUUAUUGUUGUUAAAAUUUUCCAAAAAAAAAAACAAAAAAUCAUCUUAAAAAAAAAACAUUAUUUCAUAAUUAUAUUUUAAAAAUAUAAUUUAACGAAAUAAUACAAGAUUUCUUUUUUUUCUUAAAAAAACAUAAUAAAAUAACAUUUCUUUUAUUUUACAAAACAAAUGUAAUUUUUUUAAAGAAAUAAAAUGUAUAUUUUUUUAUUUAUACAAAAAAAAAGAACAAUCCCCACAUCAAAAGAAGCUAAUUUAAAUCACCUAGCCACAAAACCUGUAUUAAAAAAUUUCCUUCUACCACCCGCCAACACCACCACCCGAACUUUAUAUAUGCACACAUUUUUUUUGUAAUAAUUAUAAAUUAUGUUUUUUUUUUCUCUCCCCCUGAAGACGUUGAUGUUAAUAAAAAAAUAAUGAAUUUUUAUUUAACCAUAAUUGUAAAAUACUUAUUUUUAUUUUAUUAUUUUAAUUAUUUGUGCGAAAUUUUUUGCACAAAUCGCCCCCCUACACACACUCCCCACAUUACCCACACACACACAUUUACUCAACCCACACCCACACACAUUUGUACAAUUCUCCUUAGUUUUUUUUUUCUGUGUUUAGUUUAUAUAAUUUUAUUUUAUAAUUUUUAAUUUUGUAUUAUUUUUUAUUUUUAUUAUUAUUAUUAUUUUUAAUAAUUAUGUUUUAAUAUUUAAAUAAAAGAAAUACAAAAAAUCGAAAAAAUAUUUCUUAAAAAAAAUAAAA